UACUUCUCCAUGUCACUGCUGGUGAAGCGGGGCUGUGAUGAGGGCUUCCAGCCUCUGGGAGAGGUGAUCAAGAUGUGGGGCCGGGUGCCCUUUGCCCCUGGACCCUCUCCACCCCCACUGCUGGGGAACAUGGACCAGGAGCGACUGAAGAAGCAGCAGGAGCUCGCUGCGGUGGCCUUGUACCAGCAGCUGCAGCACCAGCACUUUCUUCAGCUGGUCAGCAGCCGCCAGCUCCCGCAGUGUGCACUCCGGGAAAAGGCAGCUAUGGGGGACCUGACGCCGCCGCAGCAGCAGCAGCAGCAGCUCACGACGUUCCUGCAGCAGCUCCAGGCUCUCAAACCCUCCAGAGGUGGAGACCAGAACCUGCUCCCGACAAUGAGCCGGUCCUUGUCGGUGCCGGAUUCAGGCCCCCUCUGGGACUUACAUACCUCAGCCUCAUCACAGUCAGGUGGUGAGGCCAGUCUUUGGGACAUACCAAUUAACUCUUCGACUCAGGGUCCAAUUCUAGAACAGCUCCAGCUGCAACAUAAAUUCCAGGAGCGCAGAGAAGUGGAGCUCAGGGUGAAGCGGGAGGAGGAGGAGCGCAAGCGCAGAGAGGAGAAGCGCCGCCAGCAGCAGCAGCAGGAGGAGCAGAAGCGGAGGCAGGAGGAGGAGGAGCUCUUUCGACGCAAGCAGGUGCGGCAGCAGGAGCUCCUGUUAAAGCUGCUUCAGCAGCAGCAGGCAGCAGCUGCAGUCCCUGUGCCUCCCGCACCCAGCUCCCCACCCCCACUCUGGGCUGGCCUAGCCAAGCAGGGCCUGUCCAUGAAGACGCUGCUGGAGCUACAGCUGGAGGGCGAGCGGCAGCUGCAUAAGCAGCCUGUGCCCCGGGAGCCGCUGCGGGCUCAAGCCCCCAACCACCGGACGCAGCUUGGGGGCCUUGGCACUGCCCCCCUGAACCAGUGGGUGUCUGAGGCUGGGCCGCUGUGGGGUGGACCCGACAAGAGUGGGGGUAGCGGCGGUGGCAGCCUGGGACUCUGGGAGGACACACUCAAGAGCAGCGGGAGCCUGGCCCGCAGUCUUGGACUGAAGAACAGCCGGAGCAGCCCAUCUCUCAGUGAUUCCUACAGCCACCUGUCAGGUCGGCCCGUUCGCAAAAAGACAGAGGAGGAAGAGAAGCUGCUGAAGCUGCUGCAGGGCAUCCCCAGGCCCCAGGACGGCUUCACCCAGUGGUGCGAGCAGAUGCUGCACACCCUGAGCACUACGGGCAGCCUGGAUGUGCCCAUGGCUGUAGCGAUCCUCAAGGAGGUGGAGUCCCCCUAUGAUGUCCAUGAUUAUAUCCGUUCCUGCCUGGGGGACACGCUGGAAGCCAAAGAAUUUGCCAAACAAUUCCUGGAGCGGAGGGCCAAGCAGAAAGCCAGCCAGCAGCGGCAGCAGCAGCAGCAGGAGGCAUGGCUGAGCAGCGCCUCCCUGCAGACAGCCUUUCAGGCCAACCACAGCACCAAACUCGGCCCUGGGGAGGGCAGCAAGGCCAAGAGGCGGGCGCUGAUGCUGCACUCAGACCCCAGCAUCUUGGGGUACUCCUUGCAUGGACCUUCCGGUGAGAUUGAGAGCGUGGAUGACUACUGACCAGCCGGUCCCACCAGCCCCCUGGGCUGUAGGCCAGGGGCUGCGGCAGCAGCUUGGACCCUUGGGUCCCUAGCCUGCAGGCUCCUGGCAAGGAGCAGAGGAGAAAGCAGGGGCAGGGUCCCCAGCACUUGUUACAAACCACACGAUGCACCUUAACUCACCCACCACGAGGCACUUUACAGAUUGGGGGGAAGGGUUUGGUUUUUUUU